CGCCGCCGCCACAGCCGCCAGCAUCGCAGGGACCGCAGCUCCCGCCGCCGCCGCCCCGCAUCCGUCCGCCCGCCGGUCGGUCCGAGCGAGUGAGGCCGGGGCCGGGGCGGGGGCCCGGCGGGGGGCGGGGCGGGGGCGGCGGGGCCCGGGCCCACCAUGCCGCGGGGCGUGGGCGUGGGGGGCUUCUGGGCGCUGCUGUCGUGCGGCCUCGCGGCCCUGUGCGCGCUGGGCCUGCUCUCGCCGGCGUGGGUCGUGCCGCCCGCGCCCCGCGGCCCCCUGGCGGCCCCCCCGCCGCCCCUGGGCCUGCUGGGCCCCUGCCUGGCGCCCGCCCCGCGGCCCUGCGCCCCCUUCGCCCUCGGGGGCCUGCGGCGCUUCGGCGACAUCCCGGCCGGCGCCUGGCAGACAAGCACCGUCCUGUGCUCGGGAGGCUACGCGCUGCUGGCCCUCAGCGCCCUGCUGGCCGUCUCCUCCGUCUUCCUUUCCAGUGGGCCCCUAGAGAGGCGGGUCUGCUCCCUGGCCGGAUACGUGCAGAUGGCAGCAGUGUUCACCAUGGCCGCGGGGCUCCUGGUCUACCCGCUGGGCCUCGGCUCGGCGUCGGCGAAGGACUCGUGUGAGAACGCCGGCGUCUACAACGCCGGGAGCUGCCAGAUUGGCUGGGGCUACACACUGGCCAUCGUGGGGGUCAUGCUGUCGGGAUUCUUGCCCUUUUUUGCAAAAUAUGCACCCAAAGAGCACAUCUUGUCCACCCCGAUGCCCGCUAUUUUAUAGCCUUUGUUCCAGCAGAGGGACAUCUCAUCGAACGCAGACGGGCAGGAGGUAGAGGACUAUCUUUUUUUGUCUUUUUGUCAUAACGCUAAAACAACAAACGGCCGUGGUGGAAGCCAGGCGCGUUUCCCAGCGGCCCAGACCGCCCCCAUCGUCUUCCAUCAGCACGAGUGCCUCCGUCUGGGGUCGCUGCAGAAUCCACAAGAAUCCGAGGAGCUUCUGCCCUUGCCCGGGCAGCUGCCAGCCUCCAGGUCAGGCAGCUCACUCCUGAGAGCACCGUCUACCUCCCGGUUUCCUUCAUGUCACAAACACAGUCGAUCUUUUUAAAAAAAUGAUCCCUUUUCAUGGGUGAUUAGGUAUUAAAUUCUUCCAUAGACCCAGUGACAACCACCAUCGGGGGCCCGUCCUGUCCACAGAAUAAAUUCUGCAAGUAGCCGAAAGGGGCCCAGCGUGGCCCAGAAAAAGGCACCCUGGGUAUCGCACGGCCAGUUGAGUCCGAAGAAUACGGACUUGGGCUCUUUCUUUCCCAGGCCUUGGAGCCUGGAGGCCAGCCGGUCAUCUCCCGGAGGAGGAACCAGUGUCCCCAGUGAGGGCAAGGGCCGGGCCCAAGAAGGCAAACCCUGGAGUCCAGCCCGGGGCUGCUGACUUCAUAAUCAAGCUUCUUCCCAUUGCGUCGUGAUGUUUUCCAGUCGGUUCAUUUGAAAUUUUCCUUACAAAGACUUUGCGAGGAACACCCCUAGGUUCAACAAGGGCAUUAAGAACGAGAGGGAACGGCCAGACUUGGCCGACGACAUUUAGGUUUGCUUGGAAUCAGCCUGGCAGGUAGCGGGACCAGCAGGGCUGCCGUUCGCAAGCGCCGGGAGAGCUUUUCUACCAAUCCAACGUCUUCCUGCUAGUGUGAAAGCACUGGCUUCUGCACACCUGUGCUGACCACCGAGUGGGUGCGUGGGAGUGUGUGCGAGAGCGUGUGGGUGAGUGGGAGUGAAUGUGAGUGGGAGUGAGCACAAGAGCGUGGGAGUGAGCGCGAGUGCGUGGGAGUGAGCACAAGAGUGUGAGUGCGUGGGAUGGCUACAUUAUCCAAUCUCAAGAAAUCUUAAGCACUGGGGGGGGGGGGGGGGGGUGUUUCUGGCCUUUGUACGGAAUCACGGUUUUUCUGCUGCAGGAGAGUCCAACACACACACACACACACACACCAUUUGCCUUAACCACCAGAGGAAUUGGGUUCCAAGCUUACUCCAUUGCCACAUCUCAUUGGGAAAAACCAGGUUUUUGGUCCCCCGGACAAGCCCUCCUCUUUGACAAGCGGAGGGACGGAGGGCCCGUGCUCACGGCGACCAGAAAUCUCGUCCAAUGCGCUUUCUCCAUGGUGCACGUUGCCCAUGAUCGGAUCUGUCGGAUCCCUCACUGUGGCAAACAGUUUCUCUAAGCCCUGAACGGGUUAUUUGUUCCUUAUUUCUCAUGAAAAACACAUUGAAGGAAACUAGGAAAUGAUGGGGAGGACGGGGGGCUAACAGAGAAGAUCCCCGCUGGGGAACAAGGGGCCGGGGCUGGCGCGCUUUUGCCCUUAGAGCUUCCUGAGCCCUUCGGGCGGAAAGCUGGAGUUCUCUCAGAACCGUUUUCACGUGUUCUCAUGAACACCAGGGGCAUAUUGUUCAUAUGUUCACUCAAGAGGAGUGAAGGGAAGUCGGGGGUGAAAGGGGGAGCCCAGGACACACACGCUUGGACGCACACCCCCACAAUCCCCGCCCACGCUUGGACGCACACCCCCACAAUCCCCGCCCACAGGUGCUCGGGUCCCACCUUCCUUCAGGGCCAGGCACAGCAGGGGGCACGUGGUGGGGCUUAUUUCCAGAGAUGCCGAAUGACGGGAAGAGCCCAAGGAAAGAGGCAAGAGGAAGGGGGAUGUGAUGGCGUCAGCCUGUUUCCCCCGGGGCUCGUCUUGGAGAGAGCUCCGGUUUCCCAAGCCACCCGGCGCCCAGGAAAACAGAGCUGGAGCGCCGUGAGGACCCGUCUCUGCUCCGGGAUGGCGAGGGAGGAACGGACUUGGGUCCCCUAACCAGCUCGUGCCUUUCUAGCAGAACCAUUCAUUCCUGUUUUGAAAAGCCACAAAACCGACCUGGCCACUGAGAAGGGCAAAGGGAGACCCACGUCCCAGCUUCCUGCGCUUCCUCCCUGUGGCGGGCAGUCCGGCCUUUAUGCUGCUUUCCCUCACGUCUGCCGAGAAAGGUGAUCCAUUAGCCCCAAAUGGGCCACAAGGCUGACCCAAAUCCCCAAGCAGGCGCCUUCCGGCAAGGGGACUUUGCAGAUUCCCCGGGAGCCACAAGGGCACUUCUCCGGAGGGUCCCGUUCUCCCGCGCUCCCCUGAGACCCCCUUUCCCAGAUGUCGGCUUGGAUGUUGUCGCUUUGCGGUGUUUUUCCAUUAGCAAGGCUGGUGCUGCCGUUCAGCUCGCCAGAUCUUUCCAGGAAACUCUUCCGACGUAACUGCUCGCCGCGCGCACUCACGCCCACAAACCGCUGUCCCACAGAUCGUCCCCGGCCCUUGGAUGUGUCGACUGUUUCUUUUCAUUUCUUUUGAACAUGGAAUUUACUGGUCCGGGUUCAGGUUCAAGGGUUGUUUUUCCAGAUUAAAAGUUGUUCCAAGAGUGAG